GAUCGAUCUUUAACCUCAAUGAAUCACGUUGAAGACGAAGAUGUUGACGACUUCCUUUACGGAGACAGUGGUGCUGAUAAGAACGAAGAGCAAGAUUCCAUAGACAAUCAACAGGAAUCAGGUCAGCACAAAGGCAAAAAGCCCGACGAAGAAGAGGAAGACGAGUUAUAUGGUUUAUAUCGAGGAGGAGAUGAUAACGAGAAAGAGGAUUUUAUUGUCAACGAUGCUCAAGAUCAGAGAGACGAUGAUGGAAACGAAGACGACCAAUCAGAUACCAAUGACCUUGACGAUAGUGACGAUGACGUUGAAAUUAUAUUAGACGCAGAUGAAUCUGAACAACCUGCAGAAGGUAGUCAAAGUAACGCGAAUCAGGAUGCAGCUGGCAAAAACUCUCUUGUAAAUAUCAAGCCAAACGCUACUGGUAAAGUGGUGGUAAGCACACAGCAAAAACAAGAUGGUACGGCAAGUGCAGCGAAACCUGCAGCUGGUGGAAUCGACUUAGACGCAGUUGGUCAACUUGAUGGAAAGCCAAUCACCGAUGUGGAACUUGACUCGUUUGAGGACAAACCAUGGCGAAAACCUGGUGCGGACAUCACAGAUUAUUUCAAUUAUGGAUUUAAUGAAGCGACAUGGCGUGCAUACUGCAACAAGCAGAAGAUACUUCGAGAAGGAAAAGGAAAGAUGAUGGGCAAUAUGGAUAUGCCACCGGAAAUGGCCGCUAUGGGGAUGAUGAUGCCACCCAUGAUGGAUCCUGCAAUGGGUGGUAUGCCACCAAAUGCUAUGAUGGGACUCCCUAUGGGUAUGCCGAUGAAUAUGCCACCUGGUGGAGGGAAUCCAAAUUUCCGUCCAGGUCGACCAAAUGGACCACCAUCCAAUCAAGGUCAAGGGCAAGGAAGGAAUAACAAUCGGGGCUCAAUGCCUAUGGGACGAAUUCGGGGGAGCCAAGAGAGUGGAGGCGAUGACAAAUCGAAUCCAUCGGAUAACGGAGACGAUUUUAAUCCUGAAGAGCAGCACAUGAACUUCCCUAUGAACUUUCCAGGUGCACCGCCAAUGGGCAUGUUUCCUCCAGAUAUGGGUCCUGGUGGACCAAUGGGGGGAAUGCCACCAUUCUUCAAUCCAAACAUGGCUGGACCUGGUGGACAAAUGGGCUUCGAUGGUCCUGGUAGAGGUAAUCCAAUGAUGAUGAUGCGAGGAGGAGGUCCAAUGCGACCAUCAAGAGGCCGAGGCUCACCUGCACCAGGCGAUCAUGGCAGUCCCAAUAACGACCCACGAAAACGUGUCAUCCCUCCGGAUGAUGACUCAUAUAACAAGCGACCAAGGAAUCGAUAGGUUGAUCAUUUUUGAAACGAGAAUCUAUAGUAACGCUGUUAAAAUUGAAUUUAAACAAAAAAAAAAAAAAUUGUGCGGAGUUCAGCACGCGUACUUUGUCUGCCAAAUUUGAGCAUUUAGAAUA